AAGAUUCUAGGUUCGACUCCUGGCUGGCUCGUCCUUUUUUUUUCGCUUCUCCUUUUCUUCCUGCGUCUCUGGAAAUCAACAAAAACUAAUGAACAGGAAACAAACUAAAUACUCAGACAAACGGUGGACUCUGUAAAGCGGUGAUCACACCAAGAAAACCAUGAGGCUCCAUGCAAAGCAAACUUUCUGCUUUUUAAUUUCUGUUUUAUUUGUGGGAGUUGCGGCAGAACCGCAAGCACCUGAAGUCCACACAAAGCUCGGGAGCCUGAGAGGUGAGUAUGUGAGUAUAAAGGGCAAAGAGACCGGAGUCCACGCCUUCCUGGGUGUCCCAUUUGCCAAGCCACCCAUAGGUCCUUCCCUGAGACUGGCUCCACCUCAGCCUGUAGAGGGAUGGAAAGGAGUGAGAGACGCCACCAAGCUGCCACACAUGUGCAUUCAAUAUGGAACGAUUAGUCCGGAAAUGCUUGAGACCCUUGGUAUGAAACUUUCAGAAAUCACAGACAUUUCAGAAGACUGUCUUUACCUGAACAUCUACACUCCAGCAAACAGAGCGAAAGAUGCCAAGCUCCCAGUGAUGGUCUGGAUCCACGGUGGGGGCUUCAGUGCAGGUGGAGCUUCAAUCUAUGAUGGUUCUGCUCUGACUGCUUACCAGGAUGUGGUCGUGGUUGUAAUCCAGUAUCGUUUGGGACUUCUGGGCUUUCUCAGCACUGGAGAUGAACAUUUAUCAGGGAACUUUGGGAUGCUGGAUCAGGUAGAAGCUCUGAGGUGGGUCCAGCAGCACAUUCACGACUUUGGAGGAAACCCAGAUUUAGUGACCAUAUUUGGGGAGUCUGCUGGUGGAAUAAGUGUAUCUCUCCUGCUCCUCUCACCAUUGUCUGAUGGCCUGUUCCACCAUGCCAUUGCUGAGAGCGGCACAGCUGCAAUGGAUUAUCUUGUGUCAGAUAAUCCUCUGCCAAUGACGCAGAUGGUUGGAAAAACAUCUGGCUGUAGCAUCGAAAGCACCAAGAAGUUUGCGGAUUGCAUGAGAAACCUUGAUAUUGACACCAUUAAGGCUCUUGGGGAGAAUCAAACAUUUACAUUUCAUCCAAAUGUUGAUGGACGCUUCCUGACGAAACCUGUGGAUGAGCUGCUCCAUAAACAUGAACUCCUCACUGUACCAUUCAUGACUGGUGUUAAUGAUGAUGAAGGAGGAUGGAUGCUUGCUCAUUUCUUUGCUCCUCCAAACUGGACGGAAGGAAUGGAUCUGGAACAGGUCAUGAAUGUGAUAUCUACCUUCUACCCUGAUCCCAAAGAUGCAGUCAAGAGAGAUUUGAUGAUGGAUUAUUAUUUUAGAAGUGGUGAAGACCGUGUGAAGAACAGAGAUGGAAUGACUGAGAUGAUUGGAGAUUUUAUGUUUAACAUUCCACUUAUUGAAGUUGCUAAUGCUCACAGAGACGCAGGCGCCACUGUCUACCUGUAUGAGUACCAGCAUCCUCCUUCAUUCCUGAAGAAAAACAGGCCUAGCUUUGUUGGAACUGACCAUCUAGAUGAAAUGUUUAUAGUGUUCGGAUUGUGCUUCACAACUACCCAGUUCGAGUUAAUUGAUCCAUGCCCUGAAGAGGAGGAACGGUUUAGCAGAACCAUGAUGAGCUACUGGGGCAACUUUGCUCGCACGGGGUCUCCUAACGGGGAUGGCCUUGUCCAUUGGCCAAAGUAUGGAGCAACAGAGGAGUAUCUGGCAAUUGGUUUAAAGGAGCAGGUAGUUGGUCGAGCCCUGAACAAGGACCGGUUUGUGUUUAUGACUCAAACCCUACCAGAGAUGAUCCAACAUGAUGAAAAUGUGGAGCACAGCGAGCUAUAAAACAAUCCCAUCUCUUCACUCUAUACUUUUUUGAUCACUUGUGUAGAUAGAUAGAGGCGUUAUUGUCAUUGUGCAAAAUACCACAAAACUUGUCAGCAAUCAGCAGCAACCACAGUGAAGUCAGCCAAAACUGCCUCACACAUACUGUGUCCAACCUGUGAUUUUAACAAAUCGAAGAACUCACAUUUUUUAUUUUUUGUGGCUAAUGCAAACUAUGAUCCAUUGCAUAAAAUUCAGAUUUAAAAAAAAAAUAACAUAAUGAACUUAAAAAGGCGUCUGGUGGCAGUCAUGAGGAGCUACAACCUAGCGGGGGUACAUUUUUCUCCAGAAGACAUCAUUUGAAGGCAGAUAACUUAAGGGAGUAUUUACCCACCUACUGCUGUGUUAAUAUAAUUAGUAAAUGAUCUGGAUUCUAAUAUUAAAUGAAAAUUUCUGACUAAAAAAGUUCAUUUGUGUCAUACAAUAGCAGUGAAAAAUGUGGUCAUCCUUUAAGGUGAUAAUAACUGAAAACAGCUGUCCUGUAUGAAAAUGUGAUCGACAGGAAAAUACCUGGUGCAACAAUAAACAGAUGUAACAAAAA